AUGAACUGUCGAAAAGAACACUCCGAGCGGAAACACUACAUGCUCGAAUUCAUGGUGAAAACUUUUGUGACUUGUUUCUCUGAUACAACUGAGGAAAAUGUCAUGCAAUGCUGCCUUAACACAAUUAUAGACGGGACUUCUCAUUAUCUGGGAACGUCAGUGUCACAGGUAGGAACCUGUCUGUGGUCAGUGGUAGUUGGAUGUCUCGAACCAGCUGUCUCUUUGUCAUUUCGUACCGAAGAUCGUUUUUGGUGUUAUCUUAAUGCAACUGUUAAAUCAAGUUUAGAUGCCGCAAUCACCAAUGUUCAUAAUGGAGAUUAA